UGUGGGAGCAUCAGUCACUGUGGCUGGAAUCGGUUGUUGGAUAGAAUGGGUAGAACUGGUGAACUGUGUCGAUCAGGGAGUCCAUCACGAACUCUCUCUACCAUGUCGCUGUCUGUUCGUCCUGUCAGACGCAUCAUGUCCAGGUCCAUCACUAGGAGCCAGAGCUUCACUGGAGUUAACACCCAGGACAGACCUUACAGGAACCUCUCAGUAUUCAGCACUCCUGGUGUCAGCAGAAAGUCCAGCCGAGCGAGUGGUCUUUUCAGUAUGUCUAUCAAAACCAACCCGCCACCUAAAGUUCCCCAACCAGAACGCCUGGAUGAGGUCUACAACGCCCUUAAAAAUGGCCUCCAGUCUUACCUACAUCUGUACCAAAUGGAGUUGGAUAACAUCAGCAGGCAGAUAAAACUAUCUAAAAGAAAUUCCCGACUGGGUUUCCUUUAUGACUUAGAUAAGCAAGUUAAGGUGACUGAGCGGUACAUCACAAAACUAGAGUUUCAUCUCAGCAAGAUUGAGGAGUUUUAUGAAGCCUACUGCGUGCAGAGGAAGCUGAGAGAUGGAGCCAACAAGAUGGUGAAGGCUUUCACAGCCAACCCAGGAAGCAAGGAUGCUAAGGAGAGUCUGGGAGAGGCUACUAAAGGAUACAAGGAAUACACAGAAAAUAUGUGUGUGAUGGAAAAUGAGUUUGAGAACCAGCUAGGAGAGUUCCACAUCAGGAUGAAAGGUCUUGCAGGAUUUGCCAGAUUGUGUGUUGGGGAUCAGUAUGAGAUCUUUAUGAAGUAUGGCCGACAGCGUUGGAAACUGCGGGGACGAAUAGAACUCAAUGCCAAACAAGUGUGGGACAGUGAGGAGACAGUGUUCCUCCCUCUCAUCAAUGAGUUCCUCUCUGUGAAGGUGACAGAACUGAAGAGCUUAGCCAAUCAUGUGGUUGUUGGAAAUGUUUCCUGUGAGAUGAAAGAUCUGUUUGCUGCACACACCCAGAUGGUAGCCGUGGACAUAAAUGAUCUUGGCACUCUUAAACUUAGCCUUGAAGUCAAAUGGAAUCCAUUUGAUAAAGAGGACCCGGCCAUUCCUUUCAACAAAACACCAGGGACACCACCCGUACAUAUUCAACCCUUCCCUUCGCUGUCACGGUGUCCAACAAGGCAACAGCCCUGGCCGGUCCUGGACAUCUUCCGAGGAACACUUAACCAAAGCUGCCCCUGUCGGAACAAAUCACCAGAAACACUCAGUGCAAACUCUGACCAGGACCAAGAGGAGGACGAGAAAGAUCCUCCUUGGUCUAACUCAUCAAAUUCUUCUGAUGACUCCUCCAGCCGUCAGUCAUCUGUGCCAGGCGAACUGAGCUCUCCACCUGACAUGAUUGGGUUAGAGGCUUCAGGAAUCAAACCCGCACCAUUUUCUUCUCCACAUCCCACGGUUCCCUCCUGUCCUCCUUCAACCUCGACUCCCAAUGGAAGUCUUUCUACAGAGAUUUCCAACAUCCAUCACAUCGACAACUUCAGGAAUGUGGUAAAGGAACCAAUGAUGGACCUUGAUGAGAAGCUAAGUUCAGAGGGGACCAUUAGCCCCAUCGUGGGACCCGGCCCUUCUUACAAGCAAUCUCUGAGUCACAUCAGUGAAAGCAGCACCGAUGGAUUUGGGGAACCAUUCAAUGGUGAUCCAGCAGAUAUAAUCUCAUUGUCCUCUGAGAUCUCUAUAAGUGACAUAGAGGUGCCUAUUAGAGCACCUGAGCCAGCAAGUCCUCUCAGGUGCACUGACAUAUCUCCAAGCCUCUGUGUCGUCGAGGAAAGCCCAGUUGGCAGUCCCACUACUGACCCAUUGAUUUAUCCACACGAUGAGUCCUUCUUUCUUCCGGCUGAGAAAGACAAGCUCACACACACAUCCACAGCCAGCAGAGAUGGAACCUACAGGGCCCAAAAAGUGCUUGUGGAAGAUGACAGGCCGUGCGUGGGAGCAAGCUGGUUGCCUGGAAGAAGGGACAAUGUGGUGGACAGUGAGCUGGAGGAUUCCCUAGAAAUUCUGCUUUCUGCUCUGGAGGAUUAUAGAGGAAUGUUCCCUGAGUUGCAAAUACUUGAACAAAACCUAAGGGUCCUGCAGGUAACUCUGAAGGGGGGCAGUCAUGGCCGCUCAGCCAGCCUGGCCAGCCUCUCGGUGGAAGCAGCUUUGGGCAGCUUUGACUUUCUGUCUGACUGUGAGGAAGAGGAGGAGAAGAUGACAAGCAGUCGGAGGAAGAGAAAUGGCAGACAACAACAGCAUGAGGGCUGGGACAGCCCUUCCUUCCUCUGUUCACACCUCACCACUGGCUGUGCUGCUCUAGACUCCUCCCUGGUGCUCCACCUGAAGAACUGCACUACCCAGCUCUUGCGUCUCGGCAUGUUUGGACCCCUGCGUUGUGGAGAGAUGUAUGCCUUAGACAAACUGCUCAGAGAGAAUCAUGUCUUCGAAAUCAUCCUUCACAUCAUCAGGGACAACCCCAACCGGCCCAGGCAGCCUGCUGAAGUGAUACCAGAGCUGUCCCAUUGCUUUGGUGCCUUGUCUCUCUGGGAGCAGUGUGCAGAGCACGGCACUGUAUACUGUGUCUCCGUUGAGAACUUUCUCUCCGUACUGUCUACAUCAUACUCCAGAAUGCUUCAUGAGAGGGCAGAUGCAGUAUUCGUGUGCCUGGUUGAGCGGAUUUUAGAUCAGAAGUUACCCCGGCGAGGCAACACAGACAGACAAAUUGUGACAGUGUUUCAGCUGUGGAGUUACUUGGAGUCAAACGGCAUCAGUGACAUUGAGAUGCACAUCUCUGACUUGGCAGAAGAGGUGAUCCUGGUGCAGAACCUCAGGUCCACAGACAUGGAUGUGAUCAUGAACACUUUGCGACAGCCUCCUGCGCGGAGCCUAAGGAGAGAGGAACUUCAUGCUGUUGCCAGAUUAUUGAAAGAUCCCCGGGGCAAAGUGUCAACAUCUGCCAGCUCUGUACUGAGAGGCCUGGCUGCUCAGCCUAAACUGAGAGAGCAGGCUUUGGUGCACUUUUUGGAGCUGCUGGAAGACAAAGACAUAGACUCCAGAGUGUGUGGAUGCAAAGCGCUGGCAUGUCUCAAGGCUAAAGAAAGCAUUGAACACCUGGUGUACAUUUGUCAGACUGACAAGGAAGAUGUCCGAGAUGCUGCCAAACAAGCACUGCUGGUCUUGGGUGUUCCCCAAGAUGCUUUUCAGAACUGUGGAUGAACCAGAAGAAAACCAGAGCUGCUGACCACAAGGAGUCAGCUUAUGUAAAAAAAAUAAAAAAGGAAAGAGCAGUAGAACUCACCUGUUUUAUGUUUCAGAACAUUCAAUAAUUAGCUUCUAAAAAGUAUUUAAAUCUACUUCACUGUCAGUUUAAACAUCUGAAUGUGCUGCUGAGUGCCAUACUUCCCUUUUAGAGAUGGGCACAUAUAUAGUCAUAUUCAAUAAUUGAAAACAUUAUCAAAAUGUCCAUUUGUUUUGGUAACUUAAACAACUAAGCUAAACAUUAUAUAGAUUAAAUACUCAGACUGAUGUUUUAAAGCCCUUAUGUUUCCUAAUCAUGAUGAUAUUUUUGCUUACAUGCAAUGAAAAUAUGACAUUUAAGAUCAGAAUAUUACAUCAAUCCUAUAAAAAAUAAGUUUUUUAAUACAGAAAUGUGGCCUUGAUGAAAAGUAUGUUUAAUACUUGCUUAAAGGUUGUAAUUUUCAACGAGUACUUUUAAUCUGACAAAUGAGCCUCGUUUCAUUCUGGUUCUAUUAAAACUAUCACACAUCAGCCACCAGGGUUUACGAGUAUUUGAGCUGGGUCUGGGUGUUUUCUUGUUUGUUAGUUCGGGGAAAAGUGUUUUGAUCUUCAACCGUUCUUCAAGGCCAGACACACAAAGAAUACACUAGAUUGCACAUUGAACCAGAAUGUGCUGAAACGUCCUGCCGCUCAUUCAGGGAGGCUGUUGGCCUCUUGGAAGCAUCUUCAACCAGAUUCCAUCUUAGCCCAAAGUCGGAUCUUCACACUUAUUCAAUCAGGUUAUUUCUGCCUUAGCUUUUAUAUAGUUUUCCACUUUAGCAGACUAGUUUUUUUUUUUAUUAUUGUAAACGAUACAACUUAUCUCUCUUUAAAGGAGGAAAUUUUUUUUAAAUGUUUAAUCUUUCAGUUUAACAGGCUUCGUCCACAUUUCCACAUCUUUCGGCACAGCUACGCAGUGUAUGUUUUCUGUAUUCUGUCUUUUAACUUUAUCAAAAAGAAAGCCCUGUUAAACGUUACCACAUUCAUUAAUUCAUAUAUUAUUUGCUUUGUUGUUCAUUAUUGCAUUUUAUCUAUCGUUUAAAACAGGCGAGGAAGGAAAGAUGGCCUACAGACAUGUGGAGAUAUCGCAGGACAGCUUGCCAAGACUCUUUGCUCCAGGAAGCAUGGCCAGCACUGCCUUCUAAUACAUACUGUGUCUUUCUUUUAAAGGGGAACCCAGCCAAAACACAAAUCUUCACUGAAAACCAUCUGCACUGUUAGGAAGAUGUCUGCAACGCUUUACAUUCAUUUGUCACAAACACUGAACUUUAUCAAAUAUGAGCUACAUGGACUAAGAUAUUAAUUAAUAAUAACUGUUAAAUGGAGAGUCUUUAUAGUGUGUUAUCCAAACAGGCAGGUGCAUCGCAAUGGACAGUUCCAGCAUUUGCUAAAGAGCAAACAUUCCCAAAAUACUCUUAUUACUUGUUUUUAAAUUUAAUGAAUUUUCAUUUAGGUUUUCAUUUUGUUUUUAACAGGUUACUUGAUAAAACAUUCUGUGCGGAUGUACGGUAGUUAAGGCUCCAUUCAGCAUACUGUUACUGCUCCUGUGGUAGACAUCUGAGUGAAAACAGCCAUCGCCACAGGAGGCUCCAGAUUUCUUUGAACAUUGAUUCUCUGGAAGGUGACUGAAGCCUCAAGACAGAACUUGACCGUGACCAGGACUGACUCUGCCACUGCGGUCCUGCCUUCUUCACAGGCCCUGCCUCAACUGCAACUGAAUUGAAUAUUUGCUGCAGAACAAAAUGGCCAGCAGGGCUUUGCUCCACGUUUGUUGGUGUUAUACCCAAGUUGCAGCAAUUCCCAAGGGAAGUUUGAACAUAGACUGACCAUCGGGUAUUAAACCACUUCUUGUGAAAUGUGUUUCAUACUGUUGCCUGUUGGGUUGCCUUAAUUUUUGUAAGACCUAAUCUUAGGAAAAGAUGAUUAAUACAACUAGUAAAACAUUCUAAUACAUUUUCUAAAAUUAUACCAAGUUGAGGUCUGUCUACAUAUACUCUGGUUUUGCAUCACAAAGUUAUUAUGCAUUAUAAACCUCCAGUUACAGCAUCACAUUUAGUGUCUCAGUGGAGGAAUCAGAGACAGCUGUCAGACAUGAGACAAAUGUGUAUUAAGGAACAAAUAAAGACAGGCCAGAGAUGGGCUCCACUCGAAUACCCUUAAUUAUACCUCCUAGCUCCUGUUUCUUGACCUUUGAUUGGGGUCAACAGGAAGAACUCCCAUCAGCUUCAGACUACUGUGCUACUGUGCUUAAAAUGCACAAAUCCAAACAGUUCAAAUGUAAUCUUGCCUUUUAUUGCGCUCAUAGAACAUUCCAAUGAUAAGAAGUCAGUAGGAGCCAAAGACAGAACGUUUACAAUGAAGUGGAUUAAUAAAGAAAGUCCAGGUUUUUACCACAAGUCUCAUAACAUUGUUAUUAUAUUAUGAUAACAUGCCAAGCCUCAACCAUGCAGCAACAUUUUUUUCACCACUGCCAUCCCAUCUUAACUUUCUCAGCCUUUAUUGCCCUUUUCAUCUAACUUGUCUUUCUUAAGACUGAGGCCCCCCAUCCCUCUUUAGGAUUAUUUAUUUCUACUGAUUUAACUCCAUUCAGCUCAAAUUCAGUGUACCAAUAACCAUUUCAUUUCUUCUAACUUUCUUUUUCUUAAGGUGUCAUUUCAAAGAUCCCAAAAUGGCCAUUAGAUUAGCCUAUUGAGCCCGUGCCCCCACUCUGGGUCAUCAUGAGUAAAUCUGGUCCUCUGAUUCCCUCAUUUAUUCUUAACCUUUAAUUAAACUGGUAAACUGAUGGCUGUUAGGUGCUCCUUGCCUGUGAAAGGCUUUUUAUGGGAAGUGGGUUGACAUCAUUCAACAUUCUGUUUGAACAGCAAAGACACUUAAUGCAUAAAGUGUUGGGUUUUUUUUCUCUCAUAAACGGAGAGGCAUGUGGUGUGUUGCUUAAAAUUAUGUGAAUCAUCCUCCUUUUCACAAUGAUUCAAAAAAUCUCAGAUUCUGGCCAGGGGGCCUUCAUGUGAAAUGUUACUAUAUUUGAAACAGAUUAAUGGAAAGAAUGCAUUAGUCCCUGCUGUUGUAAACAAGUGCCAUAUCACUUUUAUUUCUGCUUUUUGAAUGAGAUGGCAACAGAAUAUUAUGUUGGUGACGUUUAUUGUUCUGUGAAUGUAUGUUUGUGUUCUGAGCUGAGCUCUUUUGGACCACCGGUGGAUGUCCAGCACACAGGUCUGCUGAAUAUAUGGCUCCAUAUCUUCCUGUUAUUUAACUGUUAUAGGAAUAAUUAUCCUAGAGGUCACCUAACAAAGAGACCCAAGUUGUUCAACUGGUCUGGUCCACACCAGUGUUUUGCAAAAAAAAUUUAACAGUUUGUGUGAAAAUCAAAGGAAACAAAAUAUAUCUACCUUCAGUUUGAAUCCGUUAUAAAGCUACUGAAAUGUUUCUAAUGUGGGUUUAUGAGAUUAAGCAUAUAAACAUAAGCUUUAUUUUAUUACUGACUGAUUGACAUUUAAUCAGAAGAACCGCAGCUAUGAGGGAGGGUUUUUUUCUUGCAAGGUGUUUCCAUCUAAGUUACAAAUAAUGAUGUCAUAUUUUGUAAAUGUUUUCUCCUUCUCAGGAAUGAAUAAGGGAUCAUUUCUACUUCCUUUUAUUUUGCUAACUGGGCUUUCUUUCCAUUCUGCACGUUGACAUGUGGCUGUGAUUUACAAAGACAAGCUUGUUUUCUUUUGAGGCAGUCGCUGGCUUUUAUUUGAAUUAUUAAAAAGUAUCACACCUACUUGUUAUAAAACACAACAGACGUGUGGAUUGCCAACCACAAACAUGUAUUCCGGAGAAGUUGCUGUUUAUACUGCUUUGCAUACGUUAUCUGUACCACACUAUAAAACUGGCUGUCUUUGAUGAAUGGAUAGGACCUCACAACGGAUUGAAUCUUGAUGAACUAUUAACUUUGUACCAGCCAACUGCAAAUGCCAAAAUGUGGAACUAAUCAACUCAGUUGUUUAUCCUAAGUGCAAUUUGUUUUGUUAAUCUGUUAGUAGUAUUACUCUGCCUUUCCUCUGCAAUAUCACUGCACUGUAAAGUACAUUAUUGAUAUUUUUGAUAAAUUAUAUAAAAAAAAGACUUCUCUCACUUUGCCACUUUGUCUGCUGGGAUGGUUCGGGUAGUCAGGUGAAGCCAUUUAUGGAAUGAAAAGUGUGAAUUCACUAUUUUUGGAGCGCUCUGAACAUGUCCGCUCAUUAGAAUUGAUUCCAUGAAGGCAUCAAUCAAUAUCAAAUUAUUUGAAAACAUGACACAUGCAGUUCUUGUGUGUUGUUCAGGGUUGCAGUUGCAUUACUAAAGUUUUUUUGUUUUUUUUGAAGGAGGCAGUUUCACUUUGAUCCCUGCCGUGGGAACAAAGUGAAACAAGAGAGAUUGCAAAACAGUUUUCAGCACUUUUGUUCUCUUUUUAUUCUUAUUGCAAUAAAAUCCACAAAAUACUGUCA